AUGGCUUCCAACUUGGUUUCAGCUUGCCCUCUUUUUGUAAUCUUGUUCUUUGUUAAUUCUCCAAAUUUGAUUUUAGCUAAGCAGUUUGAUUAUCCAACUGCAAAACUUGGUACUUCAUGGAUCAAUGAUCCUUCUGCUCCACGUACUAUUCAGUUUGGGGAUAAAUCAACUGUGAUUCCCGUUCUUUUACGAGGAACGUUAGGCCAGAGAUUUGCUUGUGGCUUCUACUGUAAUGGAAAAUGCGACUCUUAUGUCUUUGCCAUCUUUCUUGUUCAAACAAACAGUGCCGCGUUUAUUGUAUCCCCUACUGUUUCAUUCCCACAAGUUGUCUGGUCAGCUAACCGAGACCAUCCUGUUAAAAUCAACGCGACUUUGACGCUUAUGUCAGAUGGUGACUUGGAGCUGCGCGACGCUGAUGGUUCUAUAGCCUGGUCAACUAAAACUGCUGGUAAAUCUGUUGCUGGUUUGAACUUAACUGACACUGGAAAUCUAGUGCUCUUCAAUAAACACGAGAAGGUGGUUUGGCAAUCUUUUGAUCAUCCAACAGAUGCUUUGGUUCCCGGACAGAAGCUCUUGGAAGGGCAGAAACUAAUUGCAAGUGUUUCCAAGACUAAUAGUGGACUUGGUUUGUACUCUUUUGUUGUGAAUGAUCAGGGUGUAUUUGCCUAUAUACAAUCUGAUCCCCCUCAGGACUAUUACAAUGGUUAUUUUUAUAGUAGUGUGAAGAGUAAAAAGCCAAAUCUUGUGAAGUUCCUGAACGGAAGCCUUAGUUUUUAUCCACAUUCGUCAGAGAAAAACGUGUCAUUUCCUAUAUUUGAUAUUCCCCCGGCAUCAUCAGUACAGUACAUGAGAUUUGAGCCCGAUGGACAUUUGAGAGUGUACGAAUGGAAAGAUCAGUGGGUGGUUAUAGCAGAUCUUCUCACAGGGUUUUCAGGUAAAUGUGGUUACCCUCUUGUGUGUGGGAAAUAUAGUAUAUGCUCAAACGGACAAUGCAGUUGUCCUGGAGCCAGCAGCAGUGGAGUCCGAUAUUUUAGGCAAGUAGAAGAGAAGUAUCCUAAUCUUGGUUGUGCUGCAAUAACUCCUCUCAGUUGUUCUGCCUCAAAAUAUCAGGAUUUUGUGGAGCUCAAAGAUGUUACUUACUUUAAAUUCAUCUCCAGCAUUGCCAAUACUAAUGUGAACAGGUGUAAGAUUGCUUGUCUAAUGGAUUGUUCAUGUAAAGCAGCUAUAUUUCGCUAUGGAUCAGAUCCUUUGAGAGGGGAUUGUUUACUACCAUCCGAGAUCUUUUCUUUAAUGGACCAUGAUCCGGAUGAGGCACACUACAACUCAACGGUGUAUCUCAAGGUGCAGAAGAAAGCCAUCAACUGA